AUGCUCACAUGCCCUUUUGCCACAUGUCGCACUCUGAGACUCUUUGCAGAGCCGCCCAGAGUUUCUGCUGUGGGCUUCAAGCAGUUGCCCAGCCUGAUGCGCAGCGGAAAGCGUAUGAGCGGGUGCCAAGUGCAACAUGUGGUGUUUCCAGGAGAGGAAUUCCAACACAUUCUGCAGGAUGUUGGGAGGGUGACUGCCGUCUACGCUGGACAUCCGCUCUCUGGAAUGAGCCCGUGCAAGCGAGGCAUGUUUCUCAAAGGCCUGUGCAAGAGCGUGCUCACUAGCGCUUCUCCCCAUUUGCAGCUAGAGGAGCCCGUCCCUGGCACCUCCGUGAAUGGCAAAAGAAGGUCAGGACAACAAGCCUCCUGGGAUUGGACGUUGGGGGGGAGGAAAGUGCAAUGCAAGACCGCCAGAUUGUCAUGGUUAGCGAAAGACCGCACUUGGGGUGUGAAUUUCGGCGCAGUGAAGUUUGCAGAGGCCGGCGUCCGAACCAAUGCCUCUUUUGAUGACCUGUACCUUGUUUUCGACGCGCCAGAUUCUGUUCACGUUCUGAAACACGACCUUCACACUGGAGUUGUCAGGAGUGGCAACGCGACAGCUGCCCGUGGGCACAGAAUUGUAGUCAGGGGAAAGUUUGGUACCGUUGACUGGCGACCUGCAUGUGAAACCAUUCUACAGAAGCUGUGUGUGGAAAGAGGACAAUGUCAGACGAUUGAACGGGUGCUUCUGUCGGAUCGACGCUUGCAGGGUGGCUUAUGCCAGGCAGAAGAGGAGGAUAUGUACCAACGGGCCCCACUCAGUCACGCCACUCCUUCCUUUCGUGCCAAGCAGAUACAGAGCAUAGGCUUUGAAAUUGAUCAGAAGCUGAAUCCAGCGAGCACAGUCAUCAGGCAAGGACACACAAGUCCUGUCGACUGGAUAAGGGACUCUGUCCGAGUGGAGCUGAAGCAUGGGAAACCGGUGAAGACGAAGGGCGGAAGAUGGCGCUGUAGUUUCAGCAACAUAAAAUGUGCCAGGGAGGGAGUUAGAGAGACAAACGCAUUCGACGAGCUUUGGCUUGCUCUCUACAGCCCCGUUGGGAUUGACUUCUUCCAAAGCUCUGGCCAGCUUCGCUACUCAUCUGUCGGAGUGCGGGGAGAGCCGCUGGGAAAUGACAUCGUUUUAACUGCUCCUGGCCGUGGCAUUGAAUUCCUAGAGGCAUUGUGCACGUUUCGGCGGCAGAUGGAACAGGCAGGAUGCCACUUUGUAGCAUCUGUUCCCUGGGAGACCGCUCUUAACGUGCCGUGUGAUCCCUGGGUAUCCGUCUCAUGA